AUGCGUCAAGCCCGUGCGUUGGUGGUGUUGAUCGGCGUGACUCUCUUGUUUGCCAGUGAGGUAUUCCCCAUGGCUCCAGCCUCCGACCAGAAUUCCAACGUUGCAACGCCCACCAGUCAAGUCCAGCGGCUUCUGAGGACUCACCACACUAUAAUUAAACGCAACGCUGAAAAUGAAGAAAGGUCCCUGAUGUUCGUCGAACCCCCACUGUCUAUGGAUGACAUGAAGGCGAUGAUGAAGGAGGGGAUAUCCAGGGAAAUGUACGCUAGAAAGUUGGGUAUUGCGGAACAGAUGGCCCAAUUCAUCACGAGCGGCUUGCCAGGGAUAGAAGAAUUCAAGGGUACCUCGGAAUUCAAAAAGUACGAAUUCUAUAUGAACUUUCUGAACGAUAUGCUGGAAGAUGACGAUUAUAAGCCGUUGGUGAAGAUGAUCAAUGAAGAAAAAGGCAAGACACCAGAAUUUCAGGCUUUGUUGGUGGCGGUCGAGGAAAAGGUAAAAAAGAAACAGUCGUUGGUGAAGAUUGGGCAAACUCUAAAUAAGGAGCAGGCUUUGGCGGCGAAGCUCGAGCAAGUUUUUAGUAAGAGGAAGAUUUCGGUGGUGAGCUUCGAUCAAACUCUAGCUGCGAAUGCCAAGGUCACACCAAGCAAAUGGAAAUUGCUUAAGCUCGUCUCGAAGCUCAUAAAAAUUAAAAGAUGA